CUCUGGCCAAACAGAAUGCAAUUGCAGGGUGUGUUAUCCGCUUCAUCUUCUUCUCUGAAAUUGGAAGUGAGAGGUUCAUGGGACACACAACAGAGACUCCCUUAUAACCCUAAUGCUCCUAGAAAGCUUAAGAAGAACAACGUUCCCGUUCCCAUUCCCACUCCCACUUCGACUGCACCAAUUACGCGAAAAGAGCAAUACAUUUCUGAUCUUCUCAAGCGCGCCACCCCUCUUCCCACUCUAGCGCACGUAGAAGAGCAUGAUGAAACCUACUUGGGGCUUGAGAGAUGGUUGCCAACUCCACCCAAGGUCGUGAAGCCUCGAUCUGUUUUUAACGCUGCUACUUUGGCAUACAUUGGCGAUUGCAUAUAUGAGCUAUAUGCUCGUAGGCACUUUUUAUUUCCUCCCCUUAGUAUCGAUGAAUACAAUGAUCGUGUUAUGGCAGUUGUGCGUUGUGAGGCUCAAGAUGCAUUACUGCAGAAACUUCUUGACACUGACUUCUUAUCAGAUCAAGAGAGGGACGUUCUUCGAUGGGGAAAGAAUAUUGGUUCUAGCAAAACCAAGACAAAGAAACGUGCUGGUGCAGCUGUGUAUAGCAGAGCAUCUUCACUAGAAACAUUAGUUGGGUAUCUGUAUUUGACAAAUGUGAAUCGCUUGGAAAAACUAAUGUUAGAGUUGGGAUUCUCAGUUGACUCUUCAAUGCCUUUGAAUGUGGAGGAAGCAAUUACAGGUGAAUUAAACAAUGGAUAAAAGAUGAUCUUCAGGCAAUCUUCCACUGGGGCAAGCAAAACAACUUUUGACUAUUUUGUUCUGAUCCAUUGUAUUUUUCUGCAUAGCGAAUAUCCCAGUAAAUUGACCUCCUCUUUUACUUUGGUGGGAGAAGCUGUAUCAGUACCACAUUCUCCAUGCUAAUCGGAACCCUUUGAGGAUGUUGUGCAAAGAUUUUGGUACCAUAGUUUGUUUGCAAUUUAUCUUGUUAAGUGGGGUCAGUCAAAAGAAGAGAAUAAUGCUGGGAACUUUUGGUUAUAUGUGGUAGAUUUGUGUUAGGGUUUGCAAUUUUAUACGAAUUUGGUUGAGUUGGUUCAUGUGGGAAUUUAGUUAGUUGAAUACCAAGGACACAAAGACUAAGAUAUCUAUUUGUAACAUUACUGUAGAAUAAUUAUUUAGUUAAAAUUUCGAUCCAAUUACAUGUCUCGUAAUUUGUAAGUGGCGUUUAGCGCAUGUUACUAACAGAUGUGAUGAGUAAGCAAGUUAGCUGGUGUGCCAGGAAACAAGAAACUUUUUUUUUUAACGCACAAGAUGCCCUUCUGAUUCCACUAGUGCUUGAAGUUGAAAUUCAGAACAUGCGAUUGAUAUGGAAAAGGCUCUUAAAACAAUUCGUGAAAGCGCUCCACAGAUCAUAUACUAUCUGAUGAUCACUGCAGAGAGAAGAAAGAUUAGAAAUUUGAGAGUAUUUGUGUUAAGAGAAGUUAGAGGUUUGAGUAAUAAAAAGGCCUCUUUGCACACUUUCUAGUAUAGGAUUUUAUGUCACAGAUUUUUAAAAGUCAGAAUUUAAAUUGUAUUUAACUAAAUAUAGAAAAUGAAGUAGAUUUUAAAAAAAUUUAUUAAAAUACAUCAUAUUCCAAGAGAGAGAAUGUAAAUUACCUCAUGUGAAUGUGAAUAAUAAGUACUUUGAUUUAUCAUCUACGAUUGAAUUGUAAGAAUUUUAAUACAAGCAUAACAACAAUAUCUAAUUCUUUCCCUCCAAACUAUAUUUAUAAAUUGAUUUAAGUGUACCUAGUCCUAUGCAGUUUAACACCAUAUAGCAAACAAUCCCUCUGUGUCUAUAAUGCAUUUGAUUUCUUUCCUUUUUUUAUGUCAAUGCUUUUGAUUUCUUGAAUUAAGGGAAUGUGUGAUAGAUAUAGAUUACGGAUAAGAUAACUAGAUAAUGACUCAUAUUAUCAGAGGAUGACCAGAAGGUUAUGAUUCCAAAUUGUAUGUACAUACAUGACUGCUCAUUUGGAUGAAGUAGGGUGGGACGACCAACCAGCCAAGACUUUUCGGAUAUGCUUCCAUUAAUAGGGCCAUCUUCAUUGUUCAAUACGUGGCAUUCCCAUCACAGACAGAGAUAACCCUGUUUGUUCCCUUUUAAAGUCCUUUGCCUAAAAUUUAACCAACUAAUCCUCUUAAUAACAAAUUUCAUAUUGAAAUAAGAACUAAUAUUUCAGUAAAAACACUAAAAAAGACAAUAUAAUUUUUUCUGGGGUGUGUGUUCCUCGGAUUUGCUUUCAUCCUACAUUAUUGGGUACUAGAAACUGCUAACCUCGUGCUACAAAUGAAGGGUAUCACGUAAAGAUAGUGAUGGGAGUUGGAACUCAUUCUUUACAAAUGUAGAUAAGACUUAGUGUCAUCCUCAUCCUUUCAAUUUAAUAUCCAUCUUGGUGAGGUUAU